AUGGCUGAGUCUGAAGGAAAUGGCAUUCCUUCUCUUACCCUUCCCAGCAUCAGCGAGGACGAUGAAAAUGCCCACGAAGAGGGAGAAACUUCACCCUUGUCACCCAAUAGAUCACCUGUACACGCUCUGUCGAAUAGCCCUAGACAUGCUAAAUUCAAUUUGAGGAGACUUUCUAUUGCAGGUGAAAAUAAAGAACCCCUACCACAUCACAAACUUAGCGAUAUAUGCGACCAAGAUGCAGUUAUCAAAUCGGCUAGUGUUGCAGAAGAAAAGCAUUCUAAACAAAGUUCAGUGGUAAGUGCCAACAUUUAUUUAAGUGACAGCGAUGACUCAAUAAAGGAUAAAGAUUAUCAACCAGAUUCGGACACUGAUUCAGAUGAAAGUGGAAAGUUCCAAGACAGUGUCCGUCGCCCCAGAAUGGGUGGUGUCGCAACCAAUCAUUUAGCCAUGUUACGUCAAAGAGUAGAAAGACAACGAAGUGUGAUCUUGCCACAUCAUUCUAAGCCAAACUCCAUGGAAGAAAUCAAUUCUGAACUAAAAAGCGACGUCGAAAAUACUAGGAAUGGUGUAGAUAGAUUAGAUGAUCAAAUAUCUACCUUACAUCAAGACGUAGCAACCUUGAGUAUGGAGGUUCGGAACGCCAUCCAGGCUCUCCAGGAAAUGGCAACACCUUCAUCCUGCAGUGCAUCAGUCAUCAAUUACUCCGCCCAAUCGAACCCCAACAUCGCUCACCUACAUCACAGUCCAUCCGGAAACGGUAUUUUAGCUAGAAGCAACUCCCAUCCUCCAGAGAUGUUCUGCUGGGAAGGCCCUCCAUCACCACCUUUUGCUCCAAUAAGAACAUACAUCGAUUCACAAACGCAGACAGAGUCCACCGUUACUCUCAUGCGCCAAUACAUCCUAGAAAAUCCGAAAAGGGUGUUGGAGAUGAUGGGUUUGGAUCCGGAGAAGAUCAUGAAUUCGGUAGAAAUUAAGAAAAGUCGUAGUAUACCAGAUUAUACAAAUAGGCUAAGGAACUUUUCGGAUUUUUCCGGUAUUAGUGAGAAUUUAAAUAGUCCUCCAGACACAUGUCUGGUCGAAGUGGAGACUGAUGUAGUUAGAGGAGAAAAUUGUUCAUUCUCCUGGAAUAAGGGCGGAAGGAAGGUUCAGAUUUUUGAAACAUUAAAUUCGAAUAAAACGCAAAAUGCGUUGCUCAAAUUUAGAAAUAACGUUGAAUAA